AUGGUCGACUGCGAUUCCGCAAUCCUCUUUAUGGAAAAGGAUAAAGCGGUCGGUGUUGACGCAGACCACUCCGAAAUCGCUAAAAUCGAGGAAGGCCAGGGCGGAAUUUUCCCUUCCGUCAAGGCCGCCAUUCGUAACGCCCUGCGUCCAACAGUCUCAUUCGCAGGAAUAACCAGGUGCAGUGCCUUAUAA